UAUUCUGACGGAUGGAAGUUUCGUUCGUUCGUUGUAUCGAUUUUUUGAGUGAACUAGUGUUCGUGUCCUUUAGUUUAGUGACGUUUGUUAGAAAAAUAUCUGUGAAUGGGAUUGUGUAAUAAGAUAAAACGUUUAUUUGGUGUGUGAUUUUCUAUAAAGGAUGACGAAGGACAGGUUAGCGGCGCUUCAAGCGGCGCAAAGCGACGACGAUGAUGUCGGGCCCGACGAUGUCAACGUCGCCGUUGAAGGCGGCUUCAUGGACGAAUUCUUCAGUGAGGUGGAAGAGAUACGGGAAAUGAUAGACAAGAUACAGGCGAACGUCGAGGAGGUAAAGAAGAAGCACAGUGCCAUCCUCUCAGCACCGCAAUCAGAUGAAAAAACAAAGCACGAAUUAGAAGAUCUCAUGGCCGAUAUUAAGAAAACUGCCAACAAAGUUAGAGGAAAGUUAAAACAUAUAGAGCAGAACAUCGAGCAGGAGGAGCACUCGAACAAAUCGUCUGCGGACCUCAGGAUAAGAAAGACGCAGCACUCGACGUUGUCACGCAAGUUCGUCGAGGUGAUGACGGAGUACAACCGCACUCAGACCGACUACAGGGACCGCUGUAAGAACCGAAUACUGCGACAGCUCGAGAUCACCGGCCGAGCUACCACCGAUGAUGAACUCGAGGCCAUGCUCGAACAGGACAACCCCGCCGUAUUCACGCAAGGUAUAAUAAUGGAAACGCAGCAGGCGAAGCAGACGUUGGCGGACAUCGAGGCGCGGCAUGCUGACAUCAUCAAACUGGAGACUUCCAUCCGCGAGCUGCAUGACAUGUUCAUGGACAUGGCCAUGCUCGUCGAGAGUCAGGGUGAGAUGAUCGACCGCAUUGAGUAUCAUGUUGAGCACGCGGUGGACUAUGUCCAAACUGCGACACAAGACACAAAGAAGGCCCUAAAGUAUCAGAGCAAAGCCCGACGGGACGUUCAAGCAAAGAAUAUGUUGCAUUCAUGUGCCUGCGCCCUCCGUCUGUCUGGCCACAACACCAGAGCCGAGCAAAUCAUUCACACAUAAUGUAUAUCAUACGAACUCGAUUAUUAUAUAUUUAAGGUUAUAAUUGUAUUAAAUCUUUUCCCUUUAAAACUUCGAUAAUUUGCAUCCAUUUCUAUAUAACAAGUAAAGAGUGUUUUUUGUCGAAUAUUGUUAAUAGGCUUUAUAGCAUAGCCGCGAAAGUGAACCGGGAUGUGAAAUGGAACCCAGAGUUUGAUUCAUCUUAAAUUUGGUUUUGUACUGUAAGCCUAACUGCUGAAUGGUUCGCUGAAAUAAACCAAAUCAAUGUCAGGUUCAUUUCAGCUUCCGUUUU